GUCCUGAAAGCUUGAGGCGACACUAGCGGGUUAGCAAGCCUAACUUUCUUCGCCAGUUUUCUUCUCUUCUUCACUCAGAAAGUUGUUUCCAGGAUGUCGGUCGCGCCCACUCGGAGAAUAUCCUUUGGCAGCUCUCAGGAGAGGAGACUUUUCCCCGUCCACCACGCGCCGGACCGGCUGGGAAACGAAAUGUCUCGACAGCCAGAGCCACACAUGGGCCCUGGUUGCUAUGACAACCACGAGUUUGGCACCAUCCUUUACGAUUUACAGAAGACACCAGAAAGUAAGAGAGGAUAUGUUAUCUCUGCAAGGACUGCAACUCGCUUUCCCCCCUGUAAUAAGACGGUGACUCCUUCUCCUACGAAGUACCAGCCUGACCAAAGCAAGUCCAGAGUCCCCCCUCCUGGCAAAACCCCUUUUAACUCCAACACACAGAGGUUCAGCAGCACAUUAAGUUCAGAGUGCACUCCGGGCCCUGGGACCUACGCUCCUGAUGCAGUGACAAACAGGAAGGUGACGUGGCCGAUGUGCUUUGGGAGCCCAGACUGGUCCAGACUGCCUCAGUUGGAGAAGAAGUCACUGAGGGUGAAGCUCAACAAUGAAAGAGGAGUUCUCGAAGCACAGGAGCCGAGUGGCCUACCUCAGUUUGUACUAUUAACUCCAGAGCUGAUGGACGACGGCCUGCCACGAC